CCAAAAAUAAUAUCUAAAGCUUAGUUAGUUAAGAUGGGUAGUCAAGAGUCAUAUCUUUGUUUAUUCAAUACGUAUACGCCCACUCUGAUUUGUUGAAGCUUCAUACUUACCCAACUAAUCUCUAUUUUCCCACUAAUUAAUCCUCCCAUUUACACAUUAAUCCAUCAUGCACUUGAGUAAAAGAAAGUCCCCAAACUGUGCAACUUUUUCUGAAUCCAGAGAGUAAUUGCAAAAUUUGCAAGUAAAAGCCAAAUCUUCUUGGGGAAAUAAUAUUUGGUGUUUGGUGGGUCAUCAUCUGCAACUGCAAGUUCAAACCUAAGCCUUUAUCUCCACCUUUUUAAUUUCUCGUCAUACAAUUGGAGUUGUCUUGUGAUUGAUUACCUUUAUCAUCUUAGGAUUUCCCAGAAGUGCCACAAACAGGAAGAAAAAGUGUUUGUGUGAUCCAGUUGAUUGGUGAUGUGCCCCCAUGCUUGCUGGUAGCCAAAGCUCUUGCUCUGUAGCCCUCUGGUAGCUUCCAAACACUUCCAAUUCUUUUAGAACUCAUGGGUGAAUCAAUAGUCGAUUUUGCCAGGGAUGCUGAAAAGGUGGUGGAGAGGGAGACAUUAGCUUCAAAUUCUUCAAACCCUCAUCUGGAAGUGUCGGUUUCUUUCGGAAGAUUUGAGAAUGAUUCUUCACUGUCCUGGGAGAAAUGGUCGACAUUUUCGCAGAAUAAGUACUUGGAGGAAGUUGAGAAAUGUGCCACUCCUGGCUCGGUGGCCCAGAAAAGGGCUUACUUUGAAGCCCAUUACAAGAGGAUUGCUGCUCGAAAAGCCGAGGAGUUGAUGGAGCAAGAGAAGCAAAUGCAAGGUGGUGAUACCUUUAGGUCGGAAUCUGAUCAGAAGAGCGGAGAUCAGAUGGAUUCCGAGGCUCAUUUCGAAAUUGAUUUGGCUAACAGUCAAAGUAAUGCCCAAGGAAAUGAUCGAGAAGCGAAUUUCGACAGCGAGAUUAGUGAAACUCAUGUGGAUGAUCUCAAGGAGGAUGAUGUUUUUGCCAUAGUGUGUCAAAACUCAUUAGCUGUGGGAGAAAAAGAAGAAACAGAUGGAAGAACGGAUAAUCCCGAAUUGGACAAUCCGGAGGAGGAACUUGUUUUGGUGAAAGAAGUAGAAAAUGUCCCUGCUGAAUCUCAAGGAGUACAGGAGAUUCCAAAGACUUUGGACAAUGAUGUAGGAAGUGCUCCAGAAGUCAAAGAGGUGAAAGAGGAAAAACCCAGAUUGGAUCUUCGGAAGGUACCUCAGAAGGUUACUCCAAUGAGCAAGGAGAGAAAUGUGGCAAGUGUUAAGAAGAAGGCAGUUCCGCCAAUAGCAAAAACACCAGAGAAAUCCGCCCCUAGGGUGUCAAAGUCUAUAUCAACUCCCACCCCUAAAGCAUCGAAGUCUACAUCAACUCCCACCCCUAGAGCAUCGAAGCCGCUAUCAACUUCCACCCCUAGAGCAUCGAAGCCGUUAUCAACUUCCACCCCUAGAGUAUCGAAGUCUAUAUCAACUUCCACACCUAGAGUGGCUAAGUCUAUAUCAACUUCCACCCCGAGAGUGGCUAAGUUUCUAUCAACUUCUACUGCAACAUCUUCAUCGUGGUCCUCGGUAAAGAAGGGCAAUGCUUCAUCUCUCCCUAGGAGCAAAAAUCCUUCAACUGAGGAAACCAAGAAAGCUCCUUCCAAGUCUUUGCACAUGUCACUCAAUUUGGAAUCCAGUCCCACAAUGUCAACUUCUGUGACCACUACAACCAGAAAGUCUUUCAUUAUGGAGAAUAUGGGAGAUAAGGAUAUCGUCAAACGAGCAUUUAAGUCGUUUCAAAACAAUUACAACCAACCGAAACCCUCCAUUGAAGAGAAACCUCCAACACCAAAGCAGCUCUCUACGAAGGGGAAAGAAUCAAGGGUUUCCUCCUCUGUACCCCUGACAAAGGAGAAUGGAGGGUAUCUAGAAAAAAGAACUGCUAAGGCCGCUCCAUCAUCUGUUAGCUUGAGAAGUGAUGAAAGCACAGAUAAAAGAGAGUUUUCACAGAAAUUGGCGGCAAAACCCAAUGUGAAAGUGACAGAGAGAGCAAACUCCCAACCAAAGUCAAAGGAUCAAAAGGAGGCAGAGAUAAAAAAGCUCAGACAGAGUCUUAAUUUUAAGGCUACUCCCACACCAGGCGUUUAUCGGGGGCCAAAACUGUCAAAAAGUACUUCAGAAAAGGAGAGUUCCAACAAUGAAACCCAUCGGUGAAAAAAUCUCAGGCGGCUGCAAGGUCACUCGUCGUCCUCCAAGAACCAUAUCUACUUCAGGGGAUCGACAAGGAAGGAGAAUAUACGUGAAGGAAUUGCUUCUUAUGGAAGAUCCAUGCUUAAUAUUAUCGCUUAGAUGAUGAGAAAGUGAACAUGUUGAGUCACAACCUGUAUAUUUUGAUGGCUGGAACAGAUCUACUGCAUGGUAAUAAUCUGCAGAUGAUAAGAAACAGGUCGGGUUUAUGCUUUUCAUUCCCUGCUCGUCCCAAAUAGUAUUCGGAGUUAGAAAUGCUACGUACGCAUUGUUGUAUUCGAAGGUAUAACUGUGGAACUGUUAUAAUUACAUGGUAAUCCAAAGUUGGUUGCAUAAA